AUGUAUGUAGGGUACCUGGCCCUGGGGCCCCCAGACGACCGGGAGAGCCCCGACGGGUCACGGACCCAGCCGCCCCACAGCGGCCACGUACCCGGGCCCCCGCCACCGGACGGCUGCGCGCCCACCCAAGGAAGGCAGGGGGGGAGGCACCGGGCGCCCCCCACCGGCGAGCACGAGGCAGGAACCCCACGGCCACAGGCGGCAGCGCGCCGGCCCCCCCCGGGAGGCCGGCCACGCAGGCACGGACAGAGCGCGGACCCCGGACCACCCGCACACCCCGCGGGGGCCCCGCCAGCCCUGGGGAGACCCGCCCCCCCCCAAGACCCCCACCAAACAGUCGUUCAUUCUGAUAAAAACACAAAUGACCCAUUACAAAUUUAA